CGGGGCUGACAGCACCGGUACACAGCGGCGCGCGGUGCCAACACGCGUACUCCAGUGACCCCGCGUAAAAACGACCCGGUCGACCCGGCGUGCGGCAGACGCCAGCAGACGCAGGGGCGCCACGAUGUCCUUGCACGCGCUGCUGUUUGUAUUGGGCGGUCUAAUUACGCUGUCGUCAUGCUCCCUUGGGCACGGCGCAAGGGACUCGUACUUCGAUAGCGGCACGCCGAACGACGAGUUCUCCUACGGCUUCAUGAUCGCGCACCCGCAGGCGGGCGGGCCGCGGCGACCGCAACGCCACCUGACUGAGAACGGCGCAACCAUGUUCGGCAGCCACAACCGACGCCGGUCGGACGGCCGCCAAGCCUGGAGGUUCUUUAUCGACGCCAGUGAGCUACCGGUUGGCGACAGCUCGCAAUCCUACGUGCACCGAGUCCCGGGCGACGGCGGUGGGAGCGGCUUCUCCGGCGGUGAGAACAGCUUUUCCGGCGGUGGGAACGGCUUCUCCGGCGGCGAGAACAGCUUUUCUGGCGGCGGGAACGGCUUCUCUAGCCGACAGGGCCGGCUGGGCGACGGCAGCCUGCGCACGGAGGUCAACUACGCAGCCGGCAAGCAGCCGAUCGUGGUGAAAGUGAGCCCGCGCCCGUACCAGCCGCUGCCGGAGGUGACGCGUCCGCUCGGCGCCGGUCCCGGCCCUGGCCAGGCCUUCGGCGGCGGGUUCGACCAGUCGGGGCGGCCCUUCGAGCGGCCAUUCGGCCAGCGCCCGGAGGGUUCAUUCGGACGGCCGCAGAACUCAUUCAACCGGCCACAGAACUCAUUCAAUCGGCCCACAGGCGCAUUCAACCGGCCCCCUGGGUCGUUCAGUCGGCCCCCGGGUGCGUUCAAUCAACCGAACACUCAGGCUUACCAGAGCGGAUUCGGCCAGACGGAUCGGUUCCAGAAUCGCCCGUCCGACGGUGGCCAUCCGGGUCAGAACCCGUUCGCCAUCGGCUGCCGCUGGAUCGCAGGGCCGGCCGCUGCCGUCGGCGCCGGGCCUCGGUCGCCCGCAGAGCAGCCGGCCAGGCGUGAGGCCGGGCUUCGUGGUGCGCUGACAGUCCGCCGCCGGGCCCGCCGCUGCCGGAGACGGUGACGGCCCGUCCGACGCGGCGGCCGGCCAGCGGCGGUCUCCGCGUCGUCUACCGGCCCAAGCCCACCGGCGUGUUCUACGUGCAGGGCCGCGAGAACCCGAAUCGAAUGGGCCAGCUGGCGGAGGACACGCCGCUGAACGACCUCACCGGCACCGGCGCACUGCUGUCCGGCGGGAAGACGAUGCUGACGACGGCGGCCGGGCCGAGCGACGAGGCUGGCUUCACGCGCGUCACCAAUGCGCACAACGUGUGGCGUGUGCCGCGGCCGGCCGGUGGCGCGGCCGGCCGACAAGGCCGCCGGCUAACCGACCUAGGGCCCGGCCCGCUCGACGCGCC